AUGAGGCCCUCGACAAGAAUAGCCGGCACGCUCACCGGAGCCAUGUGGGCUCUUUCGGUCAACGCCGGCCCGGCGCGCAGGAACGGCAAUGCGACGCUGGCGGGUCCGUCCCUGACGCACUGGCCGGCCGAGGCGGCGGCGUCGCUGGACGCCAUGAUCGCUAAGAAUGCGAACUCGAGCAACUACGCCGUCUUUGACAUGGACAACACCUCGUACAGGUUCGACCUGGAGGAGUCGCUCAUCCCGUGGCUGGACAACAAGGGGGUCCUGACGCGGGAGUCGCUCGACCCGUCGCUGAAGCUGAUCCCGUUCCGGGACAACGCGACGCACACGGAGUCGAUGUACAGCUACUACCUGCGGCUGUGCGACAUGGACGAGCUGCUCUGCUACCCGUGGUCGGCGCAGGUGUUCGCGGGGCUGACGCUGCGGGAGCUCAAGGGCCACGUGGACGACCUGCUCGCGCACAACGGGACGGUAUCGACGACGUACUACGACGAGGACAGCGGCGAGGCGGUGGCGGUGGAGGUCAGCCCGCCGCGCAUCUUCCGGGGGCAGGCGGAGCUGUACAACCGGCUCAUGGCCAACGGCAUCGCCGUGUACGUGAUCUCGGCGGCGUCGGAGGAGCUGGUGCGCAUGGUGGCGUCGGACCCAAAGUACGGGUACAACGUGCCGGCGGAGAACGUGAUCGGGGUGACGUGCUUCCUGCGCAACACGACGAGCGGCGACCUCGUGACGGCGAGGAGGCAGAUCGAGGAGGGCGAGUACGACCCCUCGGCCAACCUGGACCUCGUCUACACGGCGUACCUGUCGACGCCGGCGACGUGGAUGGCGGGCAAGUUUGCGGCGAUCCUGACCUUCAUCGACAACUGGCGCAUGCCGGUGCUGGCGGGCGGCGACACGCCAAACAGCGACGGGCCCAUGCAGUUCCACGGCGUGGACGUGUCCAAGGGCGGGAUCCACCUGUGGGUGAACCGGUCGUCGUCUGCCUGGGAGGGCAUCAGCGAGAUGAUCGAGGACUUUGCGGGCCAGCAGGCGGACCUCGGGCUCGAGGUGACUGCUGACAAGAACUGGGUGGUUGUGCUGCCCGAGGAGAUCCUGUGA